AUGGCGUAUGGCUUGCCAAGAAGGAACACAGUGCAAACCAUUUUGAAGGGCAGUUGUUACAAAGUACAGGAACCAUGGGACCUUGCAAAGCUCACAAAGACCUGGUACACAAACUUAGUGAACAUCAGGUUGCCGUUCUUGGGAGAAAUUGCUUUUGGUAAUCCUGUGACGCUCAAGCCAUGCAAAACCAUCAAGGAUGGCCUGCUCCCUUCAGCACAAUCCAUCAAACUUGAAAAUGAGUAUGAAAAAAAGCGCCUAGCAAAGCUGAAGUCUCAGGAGAAAUCGCACAAGGAAAUGCAGGAUUUACUAAGGCAGCAGAGAGUCGGCUUGGGCUUGCGGAGACCGCUUCAACCCAAGUGAGCCGGUGUGCUGUUGACCUGAACCCGCUUCCGGCGUCCACGGGGAUGGAUGGAGGCCUCUGAUUCUCUCAUGGUGUCGGGCAGACACGGUGGUGCCUGUGGGUGACAUGGCGUGGUGGGCACACUGACAGAGCUCCUGGGUUCCUGCUACACUCU